UACAGCGAGUGUGUGUUUGUCCACUGCGCUCUCUCCCUUUAGCACGGACAACGGUCCCCGUCUCUGUUCUUCACAGACACACCGCUAGAAAAGCAUGGCAGAUACUGCGCAGGGAGAGACUUCCUCACCAAGCAACCAUGCAAGAAUCAUCUCUCGCCUGCCGCUACCCGCCAGUCAUACCUCACCUAUCCGUGACAGUGCGAAACACUCAAGCACAGACAAGGAUGAGCGCUGUAUCUUGAGAGACUCGGAUGGCAGUCGCGUCAAUGGACGUCGUGCAUCCUCACCACCGCUCGCAACAGACACAGAGCAUCUACAAAAGCCAUCCAGCCAUGUCGACAGAAGAAGCAUGGCAUGUGCUCUGCCAGCUAGUCUGAAGCGCGACAUUAGUGCCUUUGGACCGCCUCGCAAGUUCAGCAGACCUAAAGCAACGCUCUCACAAUCGCUACCGGUUCCUAGCACGACAGCAACCUCAUCUGCACCAACACUACGCACAUUGACAGGCAAGGGAUUCGGCAGACGGACACAAGCAGUCGUGGUGAAUGCUCCAGGACGACGGAGUACACCCCCUGGCUCACCUACAACGAUGCAUGGUUUACAAGCGGAUUUUUCAGAUUUACGAAAUUGCUUUGCAGAGCUCAGUGUCACGGUGGCGAGACAGCAUGAACGGAUCAAGUGUCUCGAGGAUGUGCUGGCGCGUGUAGUGCAAGGCUCAACAGGUGCUGGUGAGAUGCAUGUUGUCGAUGAGAGGUGAGAUUUGUUAUGCUGGCGCUGCUUGGUUCUUGUGAGCUUCUUUAUCCUUUUGUACAGUACACCUGAGUAGCUCUACAUUACAAGACACUGCUACCUGCCACCUGGUGAUGUCGUGGUCAAGGGAGAGGAAGC